ACACACCAAUUAUCUUCACAACAUCUUCGAACGACCAAUACCCAGUACUUCUUUGAUCUCUCUUUCAACUUCCCUGAAACCAAGAGAGGAUGGCGCCUCAAGCAACAACCGAGCCUUUGAAUAAUAAUAAUGAUAUGGCUGUAGCAAGGAGGGCAUACGUGACGUUCUUGGCUGGCAAUGGAGACUACGUGAAAGGGGUGGUUGGUUUGGCCAAAGGUCUUCGGAAGGCUAAAUCAGCCUACCCUCUUGUGGUGGCCAUUUUGCCCGACGUGCCUGCCGAGCACCGUGAGAUUCUUCAUUCUCAGGGAUGUAUUGUACGGGAGAUCGAGCCCCUGAACCCUCCCGAUGGUAACCAGACUGCAUAUUCUAUGGCUUACUAUGUCAUCAACUACUCUAAACUUCGUAUUUGGGAGUUUGUGGAGUAUGAGAAGAUGAUCUACCUGGACGGUGAUAUACAAGUGUUUGAUAAUAUUGAUCACCUCUUUGAGUUGCCGGAUGGCCAGUUUUAUGCUGUGAUGGACUGCUUCUGUGAGAAGACAUGGAGCAGUUCUCCUCAGUAUCAGAUUGGGUACUGUCAGCAAUGCCCUGAAAAGGUGCAGUGGCCUGCUGAGUUGGGCUCGCCUCCUCCUCGCUACUUCAAUGCCGGCAUGUUCGUCUAUGAGCCUAACCUUUCAACUUACCGAGAUCUCUUGGACACUGUCAAAGCCACCCCUCCCACUUCAUUUGCAGAGCAGGACUUCCUGAACGUGUACUUCAGGGAUAUAUUUGAGCCUAUUCCUCCCACAUACAACCUUGUUUCAGCCAUGCUGUGGCGUCACCCCGAAAAGUUGGACAUAAUUGACAAAGUAAAGGUCGUCCACUAUUGUGCUGCGGGAGCGAAGCCUUGGAGGUACACAGGGAAAGAAGAAAACAUGGAGAGGGAAGACAUAAAGAUGCUGGUGAAGAAAUGGUGGGAUAUUUACGAGGACGAGACUUUAGAUUACAAAAAUGCUUUGUCCAACUUAGCAGCUGAGAAUGAGCGAGUCAUCCAGGCUCUAUCAGAUCAUCAGGCCGAUAGUCAGCCUGCGGUUGGACAUGGGAAUGUUCCGUCCGCUGCUUAAUUAAUUAUAUUUAGACGUUAAUCAUGUACUAUCGUCGUCGCUACAUAAACACAGCACGCAUGCAUGCGCGCGGCGUGCAUGAGCUAUGUAUUAAUUAAUUAAUGACAAGUAGUAGUACUACAGUAGGGUACGUAGUAAUUAACUAAUUAAGCUACGUACGUACAGUAGUACGUAUUAUUGUAAUUGCAUGCCUAAUGCCAUACAUGAUAUAAUAAAUUAAAGGCUGUGCUUAUUAUUUCGUAUUAACAA